CUCUCCUACUGCCAAGCUUCAGUACCCAUAUCUUCUCUUACUACGGCUAUCUACACGAAUGUUUUGUUAUAAUGAAUUCCCUCUGCAAACUCUCUCGUAAGAGCUUGCAUGACUUCUCAAAUGGAUUUAUCAAAACAGUCAAGUCCCUCCCCUCAGAAAUUAUCGGUUUCAGUGACAAGAUUACCAUAAACAGGCCCUAGCCCCCUUCCACCCCUUUCUGUUACCUUUGUUAAGUUCUGUAAGCCGUUUGUCCAAUUCAUGCUUCUAAAAGUCACGCUCAAAAAUCCAUUCCAGAUCCAAUGGUUCAUUACAUUCUGCAAAGAGUUAUUUACCCAAGAAGGAAUUUUACAAACUGAAGAAGAGCAGAAAGGCAUUGAUGAGGAAUUUUGAGAGAAAGAAUAUACUCAAAGCAAAUAUUUAAGGCUGGCAAAGCUUAACCUGAAGGGCAAGAAUAAAGGAGAACUGGUGCAGCUGCUGCAAAAGUAUAAGAAAGAGAUCUUUGAGUAUCCUUAUGAUGUGGUGUUUCCACAGAGUUGUUACUCUCAAGAACUUAAUCUAAAUUCGUCCAUUAGGAUGAGUUUUUAUCAAGAUAUGGUUAAGGUCCCAGAUUUUUUAAAAGAAGAAAAAUGAAUCAAAAUGUUUGAUUUCUCAAUUUUCUCUGUAUCUAACUUUAUUUCUGCGAUUGAUGAGUGUAAAUUAACUGCUAGGGAAGUUAUUCUGAAGAUAAAAUACCCAGCAAACAGUUUACCUCUUGAAACCUUCCUGACCACGAAUUACUUGAUGUUUAGAGAGACCAAGAAGUUCUCCCUCUUGUUUGAGAAAACAGUAGCUUCAGGAGGCAGCACUCGAUGCUUGUAGGGACCUGUUUUGCUACUUGAUGAAGCAUUUCCUGC